UCCAAUCAUACUAUUUCAACUACCCAAGUUUCAUCUAGACGUAAGACGAUGUCGGGACCAUCAUUGAUGGAUCAGCUUUCGCAGGUGUUUCCGCCUAAAGCGAAGUUCAUGGAAAAGAACCUCCAAGACCUGAGUGGAAAGGUCUACUUGAUUACUGGGGCCAACACUGGACUUGGCAAGAUUCUCGCUCGUAUGCUGUACUCCAAGAACGCAAAAAUCUACAUCGCGGCUAGAUCCGAGGAAAAGGCGGUGAAGGCUAUCGACGACAUCAAGCAAGCAGAACCCUCGUCUACGGGCGAUUUGGUCUUUCUUCGCCUCGAUCUUGCAGAUCUUACCACAAUCAAAGCUAGUGCACAACAAUUCCUGGAUAAGGAACAACGAUUAGAUGUUCUCUUCAACAAUGCCGGUGUGAUGAAACCAGCAGACGGCGCGACCAGUGCCCAGGGCUACGAACUUCAACUUGGCGUCAACAAUGUCGGAACUUUUCUCUUCACCAAACUGCUGACUCCAGUAUUGGCCGCAACAGCCAAGAGCGAAGAUGCAGGUGCUGUGCGCGUCGUCUGGGUGAGCUCGUCAGCAGCGGAAUCGCCAAUGGCUCCAAAGGGCGGCGUCCCCAUGGACAACCUCGAUUAUCGCAAGGAUGUUGGCUGGUUUCCUAAGUAUGCUAUCAGCAAAGCCGGGAACUUUCUCCACGGCGCCGAAUACGCAAAAAGGCAUAGAGUGGAUGGCAUCUUGAGCGUCUCAUUGAACCCCGGCAACCUCGACUCCGAUCUGUGGCGCAAUCAAUCUUGGCUGGUAACAAAAUUUCUGCAAUGGUUCGUCCUGCACCCGCCAAUCAUGGGAUCUUACACUGAGCUGUUUGCGGGUUUGUCGCCGGACGUGACCAUGGAGAAAUCAGGGGGUUGGAUCGUGCCGUGGGGGCGGUUCAUGAAGAUCCGCAAGGACUUGUAUGAGGCUACCAAGACUCAAGAGGAAGGUGGCUCUGGGAUUGCGAAGUCGUUUUGGGAAUGGACUGAGGAGCAAGUGAAGUCUUAUCUGUGA